AGCAGACAACUUUACUUGACGUUUCAACCUUUCACUCUUUUUAUCACCCUUAAUAGCAAUGGCUGUGAAGAACAAAUACUCAGUCAUUCUGCCAACCUACAAUGAGCGGAGGAACUUGCCGGUCAUCGUCUCCCUCAUCAAUGACAGUUUCACGAAGAACAACUUCGAUUACGAGAUUAUCAUCGUCGACGAUGGGAGUCCAGACGGCACCGCCAAUAUUGCGAGACAACUGCAGAAAGCUUUCCCUGGCCGAAUCAUACUCAAGGAGCGCGCUGGUAAACUAGGCUUGGGAACGGCAUAUAUUCACGGACUCCACUUCGCCACUGGCAACUUCGUUAUCAUUAUGGACGCCGACUUCAGCCAUCACCCCAAGUUUAUACCCGAGAUGAUCCGCAAACAAGCGACCAACGACUACGAUAUCGUAACAGGGACACGAUAUGCUGGUGACGGUGGUGUAUACGGGUGGGAUCUGAAAAGGAAACUUAUUUCAAAAGGCGCUAACAUCUUCGCCGACACGCUACUUCGGCCCGGAGUCUCCGAUCUUACGGGCAGCUUCCGCCUCUAUAAGAAGGAUAUGCUAAAGAACGUUAUUACGAAAGUGCAGAGCAAGGGAUAUGUCUUUCAGAUGGAGUUGAUUGUGUUGGCGAAGUCAAUGGGUUACACCAUUGCGGAGGUGCCCAUCAGCUUUGUCGACCGAGUGUAUGGGGAUAGUAAGCUGAGUGAAGAUGAGAUCACUCAGUACGUUACUGGAGUCCUAAGCCUGUGGACGAGAGUCUGA